GAAAGAAAUGAAAAAUGAAAUCGUCUGAAAGGAACCUUGAUAUGGCGUUUAGAUAACUUGUUCUUUCACAGGAAAGCCGUUGAGGUUAGGGAUCUCAACUGUUGUAUACAAGUUUUUGAAAAGGUAUCUGCAUUAAACUGUGUGAAAUUAUAAAGCCGCCAACAUUUUGCCCAAGUCUAACUCACCGUCGGUGGCCAUGAGUGCCCAUGGCUGUCUUCACUUAAACAACUUCAAAGCGGCCAAGGGGACUCGGCCCUACCGGCUCAUCCAUUCUUUUUUUGUGGCGUGCACUUCUUCAGAGGCCCGCAAACGCAAGGCCAAGUCGUGCUUGUGCCAUGUCUGUCAACGUAGAGGACCCAGGCUCCAUGCCUGCCUUCACUGCAUCUUUUUUGGUUGCUAUGGGGCUGGCCACAUUCAGGCACACUCUCAGCAACGGAAACAUUUCUUAGCUGUAGAUCUGACAUAUGGAGUAGUGUGCUGUUUCCAGUGUGGGGACUAUGUUUACGACCGGGAGUUGGAAAUCAUUGCUCAAAAGCAUCAGACCAAAGCUUCACUCUCAUUGGGCCUAGGUCAGGUUUACCAUUCAUGGGAACCAACUGAGGAAGAAAUUGAGCUUUUGAAAAAACAUCCACGCCGCAAGAAGAUUACCGACUCAUCCAUCAUAGGACUUCGAGGACUCGUGAAUCUGGGCAACACCUGUUUUAUGAACUGCAUAGUACAGGCUCUUUUAAAAGUACCUCUAUUAAGAGAUUUCUUCCUGUCAGAUCGUCACAUUUGUCAGUUUCAAGACGAGCCGGGGCGUUGUCUCGUCUGCGAAAUUUCUCGCCUAUUCCAAGAGUUCUAUUCAGGGAACAAGGCUCCGUUGACGCUGCAUAGACUUCUUCACUUGAUCUGGACUCAUGCUCGCCAUUUAGCUGGUUACGAACAGCAAGACGCUCACGAAUUUUUUAUUGCCACUUUAGAUGUGCUUCACCGACAUUGCAGAGGACCAAAUGAGCAACAGUCGACUCAGCCUCAAGAGAACUCUGUUAAUCGGUGCAAUUGCAUCAUAGAUCAAAUUUUCACGGGUGGUUUGCAGUCUGACGUCGUUUGUCAAGCUUGCCACGGUGUGUCAACGACAGUAGAUCCCUUUUGGGAUAUAUCCCUAGACCUUGGGCCGUCACCCAGCACGAAAGUUGUAACUACUGGCUCUGGUCCAGGAUCGAUUCCCACGUCGUUGCAGGACUGUUUGGAGCGAUUCACCCGCGCCGAGCACUUGGGAUCUUCAGCCAAGAUCAAGUGUUCGCGGUGUCUCAGCUACCAAGAGUCCACAAAGCAACUCACUAUGAAAAAGCUGCCCAUUGUGGCCAGUUUUCACCUGAAGCGCUUCGAACAUUCCAAUCGAUUCCAUAAAAAGAUCUCGUCAUUCAUCGCUUUUCCAGAAUAUCUGGACAUGAGCCCGUUCAUGUCUCAUCGUCGAAACAUCAACAACAACGUCAACUCGACGUCGUCGGAUCGGGCAGAUAGGCCCGUUCACAAGCCCCUCAUUUCCACCGAAAACAUGUAUUCUCUUUUUGCUGUGAUCAACCACGUCGGUACCAUUGAAGCCGGUCACUACACGGCCUACAUUCGCCAACACCGAGACCAUUGGUUCAAGUGCGAUGACCACCUCAUCACCAAGGCCGAGAUCCGCGACGUUCUCCAGAGUGAAGGGUACUUGCUCUUCUACCACAAAAUGAUCUUGGAAUACGAGUGAAUAGUUUGAAGACAUUCUCUAAAAGGCAGCUCAACCGAGUCAAUUUUUGUUUUUGCAUGCAGCAUCCAUCCAUUUCGUUUUUUUUUUUUACCUCCCCCCUUCAAGACUUCCACUUUUUGUUUUGUUUAUUCCUUUUUCAUUUUCACUUUCGCCACGUUUUUCUUUUCUUUUCGAGACCAUUUCGAUUCAUCAGCGGUUAGUGACCGUUAGAAAUCCUUUUUUUUUUCCUCCUUGUUGUAACAUUCAAUAAGUCUUUAAAGAAGAAAAGAACAAUGAAGUUGAAAAGAAAAAGAGUCAAAAGACGCGAAAACAAUGAAUAUUUAAAUCAUUUCAAAUUUCCCUUAACCAAUCCAUCGUUAUAACUUCUGUAUCUGUACUUUGGGAUCUUUUGAUUCUAUUCCGCCAACUCCCUUUUCGAUCAAAGGUAAAGUGAGUCUUUUUUUUUUUCCCGGCUAUUCUAUCCCCUCCCUCCCGUCUCGCCACCGAGUCCGAAAUCACGCAACAUCUACUUAACAAAGAAGAAAAACUUUUGAAGACAAUACAUCAACACUCCCUUGCAUUAAACUCGUGGAUCCUUUUCUCUCCCCCCUUUAUAUUUUGCGCACGUCAAGUCGAAAAUUGAAUAUACUCUCGCAAUUCUA